AUGCAAUUGAGAGUAAAAUAAACAAAUAACAAUAAUAAGAAUAAAAAUGUAAAAUUGUAUGUGGAGUGAGUUUCGUCGCGGCUCUCCAAAUUCUCGUUCGACCCCCUUUUAAGAACUUUCUGGGAAUCAAUCAAAUAUCCUCCCUUGUUCUUCAAACCCUAGGCAUUCAGAUUUCUCUAAUUAUUCAUCGUCUCCCUUUUUAUCUGACAUAAUUUCUUGUGCUUCAAGUUCCAGAUUCUUCAUAGUCGGAUUGCCCUCUACUUUUAGGAUCCAAUUGGACUUUUCUCCUUCCUUCAACCGUUGACAACAAGAGAACAAUGGACGAUAGCUGUGCUGUGUGUGCCGAUACUCUUGAAUGGGUUGCCUAUGGGUCUUGCGGUCAUCGGGAUGUUUGCUCCACCUGCGUUGCUCGUCUUCGAUUCAUUUGUAGUGAUCGCCGUUGUUGCAUCUGCAAGUCCGAAUCCGCUGUCGUGUUUGUCUCUAAGGCCUUGGGAGAUUAUACUAGGACGAUUAACGACUUCACAGUCUUUCCUUCAGAACCAAAAGAGGGUCGUAGUGGAUCCUAUUGGUAUCAUGAAGACACACAAGCAUUUUUUGAUGAUGCUGACCACUACAAGAUGAUAAAAGCAAUGUGUAGGUUGUCAUGCAGUGUGUGUGAUAAGAUAGGUGAAGAUCAACCAAAUGAUGCCUCAAAGCGCCGAGGAAGAUUUCGGAAUAUUGAGCAGCUAAAGGGUCAUUUGUUUCAUCGGCAUAAGUUGUUCAUGUGCAGCCUUUGUCUGGAAGGCAGGAAGGUUUUUAUUUGUGAACAAAAGCUAUAUAAUAGAGCACAAUUGAAUCAGCACAUACACACUGGUGACUCUGAGGUGGAUGGAAGUGAGGGUGAGAGAGGUGGUUUCACCGGGCACCCUAUGUGUGAAUUUUGCAGAACUCCAUUUUACGGAGAUAAUGAGCUGUAUACUCAUAUGUCAACUGAGCAUUAUACAUGUCAUAUAUGCCAAAGGCUCCAUCCUGGACAGUAUGAAUACUAUAAGAACUAUGAUGACCUAGAGAUUCAUUUCCGACAAGGACAUUUUCUUUGUGAAGACGAAGGCUGCCUUGCUAAAAAGUUUGUUGUGUUCCAAUCUGAAGCAGAAAUGAAGAGGCACAAUACUAUUGAACAUGGUGGCAAGCUAUCUCGAUCGAAGCGAAAUGCUGCCUUGCAGAUACCAACCAGUUUUCGAUAUCGAAGAAGUAACGAGCAAGAUAAUCGCCGUGGCAGACGAACAUUUCGUCGUGAUUCUUCGGAUGAUCUACUUUCUUUGGCCAUUCAAGAAAGUUUUGAAACAGCCAAUGUUGAUGACAACAAUCAUGACCCAUUACCUAGCGGACAAGUAGCCUCGGAUCAGGAAAAUGCAAGCAACGUUGACCCCUUGAUUGAACCAUUCGAAGCAUUAGCAACAACAGAUCCUGAAUCAGCUUCUCGAUACCUUCAAGCCUUGGGCCAUUCUAGGAAUUCCCAAUUGGAGCAAUCAUCCUUUCCCCCCCUUUCAACUGCAUCUAGCAGUAGCCAUCCAAAGCCCAAUCAGGACAAAGACAGUAUGGCAGCUCAUCUUCGGCGCCAGAGGAAUAAUGUGACCGUUUUAAAUUCUGCAGGUUGGUCAAAAUCAAGUCGUGCCCCUGUGCUACCUUCAAAUAACUCAUCUCAAGCUUGGCCAGCAAUAAAUUCCAAUCAUUCAGCUUCAAGCAGUUCUGGGCAGACUAAGGGGGUUGCCACCAUUAAUAAUGGCCCUUCAGUCUCUGCUUACGCAAAUGCUGCUCAGAUGCAUCCGAAGCCUCGAUCUAGUUCUUCAAGUGGAUCAGGCAGUAGCAGUAGGAUCAGCCACUCUGCUUCCGCACCCAAUCUCACCGACAUUGCGCAUACCGAACCGUCACUUAACGAAUUCCCUCCAGUAUCUGCAGCACAGGCACGGAAAGUGCCAUCAAGUAGCCAAAGUUCAAUGAACGUGGAAGAUGUCCAGACAGCAAACAAAUCUCUAGUAGAAAAGAUACGUGCUGCACUCGAUUUUGACCAAGAUAGAUAUUCCAUUUUUAAAGAUAUAUCUGCACAAUAUCGUCAGGGUCAGAUUGACACGGAAAUGUAUCUAGAUUGCGUUCAACAGUUUGGUUUGUCGCAUCUUUUGCUUGAGUUGGCUAGGCUCUGUCCUGAUCCUCGGAAACAGAAAGAACUUGUGGAGACCUAUAACGCUAGUUUUCAUAAAGAUGUGAUCCCAGUCAAUGGUAGAGCUCAAGAUAGUAUUCAAAUUAAAGACAAAAGCAAGGGGAAAAAAGGUAAAGGGAAAUCUAUAGAAGUUAAAGACAGCAGUUCCAAAGACAAAUUAGCAGAUAGUAUCUUGAGCAGUGUUCGGGAACUGCAGUCGAGUUACAGGCCAUCAGAGGAAGAUGUAGAGGUAUUAUCAAAGGGUGAGUACCGAACUUCGAAAGGGAAACUGAAGAUAUCAUCUGAUGACCAGCAAGGUGGGACAGGAGGACAAAAAAGUCAACCGUCUACUGGUCUAUCGAACCAAAGCACUGGGGAUGGUGGUGGUGGUGGGGGGAGCAAACAAAAAAAGAAAACCUCCAAGUUUCAUAGAGUUCGUUUAGGUGAUGGAUCGGUAGCUGCACUCUUGGAUCUAAAAAAUUCCAAUCUCACUUCAGACCCUGACCCAGAUGAAAGAGUAGAGGACAGGAACAAUGCUGCAGGGGCAUUGCCUGUUCGGGGAGUUUGGCGGAAUGGAGCCCACAGGCUCUUCUCCUAGCACAAGUUUGGUGAAAUGUAAUAACAUUUUGUGGAUAUAGAAGCAACAAAAUUCGAUUGAACUGUCUGAGGAUUUGUACAACCAGAUGGGUCGAACUCGAAAGGAGGGUGAAAUUUUGCAUUGGUGAUGAAAGCAAUGGCUCUAGGCUUAUGCUUUCUUCAUAUUUUCUGAGUUUAUCAUUUUGAUAUAUCAUAGUGUGGAUAAUAUGAUUGAUAUGUUCCUUUUUGUGUUGAAGUGGGAGCAUAAUGAAGGAACUUUUGAUGUUUAAGGAACCUCACUUUUACUGUAUUUAACUUCUUUAUAAGGUCUUAUGUUUCCACAAGGAAUGCUUGCCUUA